GUUGGCACAUCCCAAAACCCCUCAUCACCUGCGGGGAAUUGCUCAUCUCCAACAUUUAUCAUGACAAUUGCGAAGUCUCCAAAUUAGUUAUCAAGGCCGCUAAACUCGCAUGUCUAGCCAGGGGAUCUCCACAGUCUCCGCAACCACACCAUAGUACAUCGCCGUUAAGCGACAUGAAUUAGCUCCGCGGGCACUCACGUCAUUCGUGGAAUCUUUCCAUAAAGAGAUUGAUGUUUACUUACGUUAUCCUAUCCUGUCUUGUUCGCCAUAGCAAAGAUCAAUGCUAAUGCAUACUAAGUCAACUUAGAUGCGGAGUAGCUAUUCAUGCUUUACUACCUAGGCAACAUGUCCGGUGUAAUAUCCUACCGAGGUUGCAAUGAUACGCAAAUCAAGUUACAUAGCAUGAAUGCUUCUAGCUUGUAGUUUACCCAAAAGCCCGUAUGCCGGAAAUUGGAGAUCAGUUUUCCCAUACUGUUAAACAGGUAGGUAAUUAUGUAUAUAAUAUAUAAAGAUAUGGGAGACUUCGGUAUAGAAAUCUCACCUAGAUGGAGGGAAGUCCAGCGAGGCUUCGAAAAAGAGUUGAAGAGGACCUCGGCUGUGUUUCUGGCCUCUUAACCUUCCAAGCAUGUCUCUGCCCCGGACUAUAGGGGCUAUUGUCCUCGGCCUAGCUAACUUUGCUUCCGCCCAAAAAUAUCGAACUAAUAAUAACAGUUCGGAAGAUGCUGUCACGGUGAGAUGGAUCGGUAACACGCCAGCACUCAAUUUGGGGUCGACAUUCGGACUUCCUUGGCCCCGGGGCAAAUACCAAGCGAACCAGACCACAUUUACUGGCUUGGGAGGUGACGGUAAUGACCAGGUCCAGAUAGAGUCAUGGGUAAUAGCUUACUGGCCCGAUGAUUCGAUCAAAUGGACUGGGCAUGCACUUGGUGGAUCAGAGAAGGUUUACGAAGAGUACAAGAUUACCGCGUCUACCAGGGUUGAAGCUAAUACGACCAAACGCGCAAACUCGUCUACUCAAUCAGGGUUAACCGUCAGCGACUCCAACGACGAGAUUACCGUGAACACCGGAAAACUCACUGCCACAUUCCCCAAGUCCGGAAGCACCCUCUUAAGUACUAUUAAGACGUCAAGCGGCAAAAUCGUAGGGCAGAACGGACGACUGAUACUGCGGUCGCAGUCCGGUAUCACGAAUGACAACGGAAAUACAACUUCUAUAGACAAGCUGAGAUUCGAAAGUAACAUCGAAGAAGUGACCGUCGACUCCGGUAAAGGCAGCACAGUUAGGUCCCUUAUAACUGUCCGCGGAAAGCACCAAGCAUCUUUGGGUACCCAUGAUGACUGGCUACCAUUUAUUCUUCGCUUUUACUUAUACGCGAAUUCCGACGCCAUCCGUGUUGUCCACACACUCGUAUUUGACGGGAAGGCCGAUAAGGACUUUGUUGCGGGGAUUGGAAUCCAGUUUGACGUCCCUCUAGCCGGUGAAGAGUUGUAUAACCGUCAUGUCAGGCUGGCUGGUUCCGAAGGAGGACUGCUAAGCGAGGCGGUGCAAGGCAUUACAGGGCUACGAAGGGACCCUGGCGAGGAAGUUCGCAGUGCCCAAUUCAAAGGCGAACAGACACCUGAUAUUGCAUCAUGGGAUACCCGCGUCUCCUCAAGGUUAAAGUGGAUUCCCUCAUGGAAUGACUAUAGCUUAACUCAGCUGUCCCCUGAUGGAUUUACACUGAAAAAGCGCACCAAGGCUGGUCAGAGCUGGGUGAAGAUCCCCGGAGGCACGCGAGCCGGCGGUCUCGCCUAUCUUGGCGGUGCUACGCAAGGUGGUCUCGCAGUCGCUCUUCGCGAUUUCUGGAAGAAAUAUCCAACAAGUCUAGACAUCUCUAACGCGACCACGGAUGUUGGUCAGAUAACCCUAUGGCUAUACAGCCCUUCUGCCGAACCCAUGGAUCUCAGACCCUUCCAUGACGGCCUAGGGGAAGACACAUAUGACGACCAACUCGAUGCGCUCGAAAUCACUUAUGAGGACUACGAGGGAGGUUACAACACACCUUACGGCAUUGCUCGAACGAACGAAUUAUUCCUAUUCCCGUUCGACAAAACACCCUCCUCGGAUACCCUAGCUUCCCUUACCGAGCACGCCAACGAACCGCCCGCACUUGCCGCUGACCCGGCAUAUAUUCAACAGACAAAAGCUGUCGGUUCAUACUGGGAGACGAUCCCUGACAACUUGACCGAGGCAGCACGAACGAUCGAAACACACCUCAACUUCUUAAUCAAGUUCUAUCAAGAUCAAGUGUCUCAGAGACGAUGGUAUGGGUUCUGGGAUCACGGUGACAUUAUGCACACCUACGACGAAGAUAGGCACACCUGGCGCUAUGAUAUUGGAGGAUACGCGUGGGACAACUCGGAACUUUCCCCUAACCUUUUCUUCUGGAACUACUUCUUGCGCACGGGAAGAGCGGACGUGUACCGAUUUGCAGAAGCCCACGCACGACAUACCGGUGAGGUAGACGUUUAUCAUAUCGGUCCGUUCAAGGGAUUCGGUACCCGCCACGGUGUCCAGCACUGGGGCGACAGCUCUAAGCAGAUCCGUGUGUCGACACCCAUUUACCGACAAGUAUUUUAUUACCUGUCCGGUGGCGACGAGCGAACCGGGGAACUCCUCCACGAGCUUAUGGACGCCGACCAGGCAUUCCUCACGGUAGAUCCGCGUCGCAAGGUCCGCAAGGACAACGGCACAUAUGUUAUUGACCCGACCGCUCUGGACUUGGACCUCGGUCUGGACUGGUCGGGCUUAGCAUCGACAUGGCUACUCGAGUGGGAGAGACGCGGCCCGCGAUGGGAAGAAGCACGAUCAAAACUCAAUACUACUAUGCACAGUAUUGUAAACCUGAAAAAUGGCUUUGUUACAGGACUAGGUCUCUACAAUCUCUAUACGGGCGUUAUCUCGCCACCAGCCACUGACCCAGAGAACCUCGGCAACGUGACCGUGUCCCAUCUCUCGGCGAGUUUUGGGCUGCCAGAGAUCAUCUCGCAGCUGACGGACUACCUAGGAGACGACCUGCCGACCGGCUUUGAACAGGUUUGGUUGGAUUACUGCUACUACUACGGCGCGGGGGCAGCGGAGCAAAAGGCGCGAUAUGGAGUCAGCUUCGGCAACUUAAGUUUGAAACAGGGACACUCGCGACUGACUGCGUACGCAGCCAAGAAGCUCGACAACUCGACGCUGGCGGCGCGCGCGUGGAAAGAGUUCCUCAGCACCGACGGCCUCUCGCCAUCCCUGUCCUGGGCAAGCGAGCAUCUGAACGGAAGUGAAGUUCUAGUGCCGGUUGACGAGGCAACGUGGGUUUCGACCAACGAUGCUGCGCUGUAUGGACUGGCCGCGAUUGAGAACCUAGCCCAAGUUAGUUAUGCCUUAUAAGCGUAUUUUAGUAACCUACCUUAGGUACCUCGGAGGUAGAUAUAUAGCAAUAAUUACCAUAUUUCAACACA